CAAUAAUAACUGUUAAAGACUUCGAGUGUUAACCUACUGUAAAAAGGGUUGAACGUAGAGAAGGAAAUGAAAAGAUUAAGAUUGGGUAGCAGGAUGGCAGCGAGGGUGUUAACUGCUUAGCAAGUCAAUUGAGGGCUUUUGCGGGAAAACUGAACUAGGGCUUAUUCUGGGGAAGUUUGCUCGAAUUUAUACAGCUACAAUCAAACAUCCAUUCUGUGUUUCUCCGUUGUCUUUCGGGUUUGCUCUUUGGCAAAUUUUUUGAGGACAAAAGUGCGAAAUAUUUUCAUAUUGAGGACUUCCCAUGGAGGGCAUAUUUAAGAAUGUGUCUUCUGAUACUGGCAAGGAAAAUGCAUCUGUAGUUGAUUCAUCUGUAACAGAAAGCAAACUUGACUUGGAGAACUGCAAUGAUCUUGGAAGUUCAAGCUACAAAGAAGAUGAGGAAUUGUUUCCUCCUAGGGCAGAAGAACGAGUACAGUCUCCAAGUGGGUUAGGACAUGGAGGUGCAAUGAAAAAUGAUAGACAGCCUGCAACAAGAUAUUUCAUCAUUAAAAGCUUGAACCAUCAUAAUAUCCAACUUUCAAUUGAGAGAGGAAUUUGGGCCACUCAAGUAAUGAAUGAACCAAUUUUGGAAGAAGCUUUCCAUAAUUCUGGUAGAGUAAUUCUAAUUUUUAGUGUCAACAUGAGUGGUUUCUUCCAAGGGUAUGCCCAAAUGAUGUCUCCUGUUGGUUGGAGGCGAGACAAUGUCUGGAGUGAUGCGGGCGGUAGAAGUAAUCUUUGGGGCCGCACUUUCAAUGUUAAAUGGUUGCGAUUACAUAACUUGCCUUUUCAAAAGACUCUCCAUCUGAAGAAUCCACUGAAUGACUAUAAGCCUGUCAAAAUUAGCCGUGACUGCCAGGAGUUAUCACAAGAAAUUGGUCAAGCUCUUUGUGAGCUCAUUGAUGGAAGCAUCAGUGUAGAUGGGGAGUUGAAAAGGAAUAAUCUCCCUAGGAAUGAACUCAUGAAAAGAACUUGUACUGAAUCUUCAGUUCCAUUACAAGAUGAAGCAUACUGUCAUGCAUAUCCUCCAUUGCAUAUGGCUUGGCCUAGGAUGCCUGUGGCCAGUAAUUUCAAUUUGGCACAUGGGAGAUGUCCUGGGGGAUUUCUUCCAGAAAAUUCCCCUACCAAUUUUGAGGCAUUAAGAGGAAAACAGAAGAAGAAUUCAAGAAUUCAUGGAAAACCUUCCAAUAUGUAUGGGGGCAGGGAUAUUUUCCAAUUAGAUGGUGGGGGUCUAUCUGCAGGAAGAGGCCUUCUCGCUGAUUCAUUAUCUGAGGAAGAUUUUCUUGAUAUGAAGAUGACAUUUUGAAGGGCUGGCAACAAAUGGCAGAAACUUAUCUCACUAGAUCAAUCAUCAUAAAGGAAUGAACUCCACCAUCUGCUUACCAAUGGAAGCUUAACUUUGAUGGAUGUAGCAUUGGAAACCAAGGACCAUCAGGAAUUGGGGGAUUAUAAGAAACUCUUUUGGGAAUUUCUUGGCUAAUAUAUUCAGGUUCAAUGGGGAAGGGGACUCUGCAACAGUGGAAUUGAGAGCUUUUACUACAAGGAUAUCAGCUUUGCAAGGGGAAUCUGCAACAACAGACUACACAAUUGUUGCCUAUAUGGUCCAUAGUAAUUAUGGUUUUAGUUAGUCUUCAUUGUUGUGCAAAUCGGGGUGGUUGGGGUUAAAGGUGCCAGCUGGUUGCUGGUAUAGACUCCUGGUGGGCAUAGUGGCGACAUGGAAUCAAAUCCUGCCUUCAUCAGGGUCUGGAGAUACCUGCCCCCCAAUUGUGCAGCCCAUUUGCCUAGUUGGGUUCUGAAGCUGUUAGAUUUUAUAGUGUUUCAAUUGAUUUUCCAUUUAACCCAUGUGCUAUCAGCAGAUAUAUGGACACAAAUCUCACCAAAACACGGCCAGUUUACUAACCAUGUAGCUGUUAUAUGAUGAAGUUAAAAAUGAGCUAUUUCAUUGAUCAGAUAUGAGGCGUUUCCUUACCAUGCAAUCAAAGGGUCUCUAUGUGUGAUAAGCUUAUUCUUAGUUUUCUCAAUG